AUGGUUAAGUCAACGUCUAUCAUACUGUCGCUGGCUGCUUCGGCUGUCGCAGCUCCUACAUGCACUUGGUCGUCCUGGAAGAACGUCAAGAACCUCUUCGUAUUCGGAGAUAGCUACACUCAGACCGGCUUCGACGUCAAUGGCACACAGCCCAAUGCUGCGAAUCCAUUCGGCAACCCUGCCUACCCUGGAUACACAUCCUCCAACGGUCCUAACUGGGUCGGCUUCCUAACCACUACGUACAACGCCAGCUUUGUAAAGACCUACAACAUGGCCUAUGGCGGCGCCACAGUCGACUCAGCCCUCGUGACCCCCUAUGCUCCCACAGUCCUCAGUCUGAAGGACCAGGUCCAAACCGAAUUCCUCCCACGCUACGGAUCGCACCCCAAGGAUACGCCUUGGGCAGCAAAGGACUCUCUUUUCGCCUUCUUCAUCGGUAUCAACGACGUAGGCAACUCAUGGUGGCUCAACAAUGCCACUCUCUAUGACACCAUCUUCACGCGCUACACUGGUCUGCUCGACCAAGUCUACAAGACUGGUGCCCGAAACUUCCUCUUCCUCUCCGUUCCACCAAUUCAGCUUGCGCCUCUCACCUUGAGCAAGAACGAUAGCGGCUACUCUGUUGAGACCGAGGGCAAGGUCAUUGCAGACUGGAACAAGCGCCUCUCCGCCAUGACCACAGCGUUCAAAAAAACCCACACCGACGCUAACCUGUUCGUGCACGACACAUACAAGGUUUUUAACGAUGUCAUCACGAACCCCAAGGCGUAUCCCCAGACCGCGGGCUUGAAGAACGUCACCUCGUACUGCGCCGCAUAUGCCAACGGCACGCCAACAUGGUACACCAAAGACCCCAGCUGCCAGUACGCCGUCAACGAGUACCUAUGGCUCAACGAGCUGCACCCUACCUUCCCGGUUCACAACGCCACGGCUGCGAGUGUGGUCAAGUUUUUGGGUACGCAGAAGUGCACCAAGUAA